UGGGAACUGGGGAAGUCGGGAAAAGGUGGACGCGACUCGCUUCAGCGUUGACUCGGAGUGGGGAUUCUGGGGAAGGCAAGACCUUCGGCUCGAAACCCACCACCCUUUUUGCAUAUAAAUACAGUAGACCCUGUGGCGCGGAACCGAACCAGAUCAACGUUCGGCCGCAUAUCAAACGUUGUCUUUGUUGACUGGAUAUCAUACUUGCACCUUCAGCAAACGCACUCGCCGGCCCGAUCAGCCAUGGGUGUCCCGGCCCUCUUCCGCUGGCUCUCGCAGAAGUAUCCCAAAAUUACUUCCCCCGUAGUUGAAGAGCAACCGCGUGAGAUCAACGGCCAUGUCAUCCCCGUCGACCUCUCGAAGCCCAACCCCAACGAGGAGGAGUUUGACAAUCUCUACCUCGAUAUGAACGGUAUCAUCCACCCCUGUUGUCAUCCGGAAGGCAAGCCGGCGCCGACCUCGGAGGAAGAGAUGUUUGUUGAGAUCUUCAAGUACAUUGACCGUAUCAUGGGCAUGAUCCGGCCGAGGAAGGUGCUCUACAUGGCCAUUGACGGAGUUGCUCCGCGAGCGAAGAUGAACCAACAGCGAUCGCGACGGUUCCGCGCCGCCCAGGAAGCGCAGAUAUUGAUUGAGGAGGAGGAGAAGAUCCGACGGGAAUGGGAAGCCGCGGGAGAUGUCUUUCCGGAGAAGGAUAAGAAAGAUCAUUUCGAUUCCAAUUGCAUUACGCCGGGAACUCCUUUCAUGAGCAAUCUGGCGACCGCAUUGAGAUACUACGUGGCUGAUCGGUUACAUACCAACCCGGGAUGGCGAAAUCUGAAAGUCAUUAUAUCGGAUGCUAGUGUGCCCGGUGAAGGCGAACAUAAAAUCAUGGACUACAUUCGACGUCAGCGGUCACAAACAGGAUAUGAUCCCUUCACGCAUCAUGUCCUGUAUGGUCUGGAUGCGGAUCUUAUCAUGCUGGCGUUGGCGACCCACGAACCAUACUUCAAGAUUCUCCGAGAAGACGUCUUCUUCAAGGACAACAACAACAAAGGUUGUUUCAUCUGUGGGCAGUCUGGACAUCAAGCAGCGGAGUGCACUGGAAAGAAGAUGGAGAAGAUUGGGGAGUUCGGGGAGAAAAGCACCGGAACGCCGUCAGAUGAGAAGCCGUUCAUUUUGCUUCAUGUUAGUGUUCUGCGCGAGUACCUCGAAAUAGAAUUGAAGGUCACGGAUCUUCCGUUCCAAUGGAGUCUUGAGCGGGCCAUUGACGAUUGGGUGUUCCUCUGCUUCUUCGUUGGGAAUGAUUUUUUGCCACAUUUGCCAUCACUGGAAAUCCGAGAGGGGGCGAUUGACAAACUGAUCGAGCUGUGGAAGAAGAAUCUGUUGCAUUGGGGCGGCUACCUUACCGAUAGUGGCGAGAUCGCCCUGGAUCGGGUUCAUGCCAUGAUGGCGGACCUUGGGAAGGUAGAGGAUGAGAUCUUCAGGGAGAGAAAGAAAUCUGAGGAACGGCGUAAGGAUGCUCAGGACCGUAGGAAACGAGAGCAGGCCGAUAGGGAUCAGGUCAAAAGCAGCGGUUACGAUAUGCUCGAGCGCAAUAAUAGCCACGUGGAAGGUGGCAUUGCGGAUUUCAUGAAUGCUGCGAUUCCUCCUUCCGUCAAGACGCCCGUCAAAAAGCCAGUGAUUCCAACUGCCGACGUCAACAAAGCUGCCGCGAAUGCUCUCAAAGCUUCGCUGAGGGCGAAAGCGGAAAUACAAACGUCUCCGACGCAUGGCACUAAACGCAAAGAUCCCGAACCGGAAAACGGAGAGGCUGUCGCAGAAACAGCACCCGUUGAGGACUUGGAGCCAAUAUCAGACGGUGAAGACGAAGUUGAACCCGAUAUUCCUGAGGAAGAGAUUGAGGAGACUAUGACCGUCGCCGACGUACCCAUUCGCCAUCUUCCUGUAGUCAAGAAGGCGGAAGACGACGAGCCUUACGAUGACGUGAGGUUGUGGGAAUCAGGUUGGAAGCAACGGUACUAUCUGAACAAGUUCAAAGUGGAGCCAACCGACGUGGGGUUCCGCCGCAGUCUUGUCACAUCCUACGUUGAAGGGCUGUGUUGGGUUUUGAAGUAUUAUUAUCAAGGCGUCCAGUCAUGGAAGUGGUUCUUCCCUUACCAUUACGCUCCCUUCGCCUCUGACUUCGACUUCAUCGAUGAGCUUCACAUCACCUUCGAGCUAGGCAUCCCGUUCAAGCCCGUUGAGCAGCUCAUGGGUGUACUCCCCGCUUUCAGUAAACAGCAUAUCCCGGCACCCUUCCGCCCCCUGAUGACGGAUCCCGAGUCGCCCAUCAUUGACUUCUACCCGGAGAAGUUCCCCAUUGACCUUAAUGGAAAGAAGUUUGCUUGGCAAGGUGUUGCCUUGCUCCCUUUCAUUGAGCAAGACCGGUUAUUGGAAGCUAUGAGCACUCGGUAUCACUUGCUGACUGAAGAGGAGGUUAUUCGGAAUACGAAGGGAGAGGAAGCCGUUGUUGUUGGCGGUGGUAACAAGCUUUAUGAGCCAUUCUGUACAUUGUAUGGACGGCAGACUGACGACGGGCCAAUGCCCAUUGACCCCAAGAAAAGCCAAAAGUUCUUCGGCUCGGUAUUACCGGACCCCCAAGCGUGUCUACCAGGAAGCACCUACGAGUCCCCACUCGUUGAAUAUGGCAUGCCCGACAUCAAGAACAACAAGUCUAUAAGUGUUCUGUACUUCAUGCCGGAGUUUGCCCCGGGGCACAUCUUCAAAGCGGACCUACUGCCGAAUGUGCAGAUGCCUCGUCAAAUCUUGACUGCCGAUGACGCUUACGCUGUGAGGAUGGGCUAUAACAGUCGCGGAAGAGGUCGUGGGAGGGGUCGUGGUCGUGGUGGGGGUCGUGGGACUGCAGAUCGAUUCAUCAGACAUGGAGUUGGCGGUGGACGAGAUGACUCGCGCGACCAUAACCGGCAAGAUGACAGGGGCUCGGGCGGGUACGGACACGAUUCCAAAAGGCCGCGUUAUGACAAUCGGUCACAUGACCUACCAUACAUGGGCGGAGGUGGUUACGAACGAUACAACUCGGGGAGCAACUACGAACAAUCGGGCGGAAGUUAUCAGUCGUAUGGUGGUGGCUACACUCCUAACACAUAUGGGAACCAGCCAGGCGGCUAUCAGCAAGGCGGUAGCUACGGUGGUAGUUAUCAGCAAGGAGGUGGCGGUUAUCAAAGCUCAAGAGGAGGCGGCGGCUACUAUCAAGGAGGAGGAGGGUACCAGGGCGGGAACCAAGGAGGUUACAACUCGUCAGGAGGAGGUUACGGAGGCGGCUACAGCAAUUCACAGUACUCAAGAGAUGGGGGACCUCCAGGCGCUGCGUCUGGUCAACAGGGCGGAUACGGUAAUAAUUACGCUCCCGCGCCCCCGAACUUGGCAUGGAAUAGGAACGUGUCUGCCGGUCGCGGGUCGUCGUCAUCCCCUGCACAGCGAGGGAGAGGUGGCGGCAGGGGUGGUAGUUAUAGAUGAGCAGUAGCCCUGUAGAAUGUGUUAUUGUUUUCCGUUCCCUGAUUGGGUUCGGUGUGUUUGAUUUCCGGUGAAUUUAUUCGCCGCCGCUGUGAACCAGGAAAAAAUGUAGCAACCUGUGCAACAACCAUGAUACUGUACGUACGUUGAACAUCGUGUCGGAUUCUGUAAACCA